UCCACACACUGACUCUGUCAUUUUGCCUCUGACCCCCUCCACUCCUCUUUCUCUCUCUCUCACUCUGUCUCUCCGUCUGCUCUUUCUGUCCCAAGGGAGCCGGACCGGAGUGAGGACGAACAUCUUCUGGUGUCAGAAGUGACCAAUCGAUGAUGAGCAGCAUCAGACGAGGUCCAGUGAAAAUGCAGAUGAUGUUAAUUGAGUUGAUGGUGCUGGUGGGAGUCAUUGGUUUGAGUUAUGGUGCUGUUCAGAGACCAGACUAUGACGACACACCCAACCCAGAGUUCCUCAAUCCGUCCUGGAUGACCAGCAUCCCCGAUGAUCAGCCGCUGUCUGAGGUCACCAUGCCUGGGACCCACAACACCAUGGCCCUGUACGGCGGUGUGUAUGCCGAGUGCCAGACCUGGAGCCUGGCCUCCCAGCUCCGAGCCGGUGUUCGCUUUCUGGACGUCCGUGUCCGUCACAUCAAGGGGAACCUCACCAUCCAUCAUGGAGUAUCCUAUCAGCGGGCGCACUUUGGCCACGUACUGGAGGGUGUGGCUGACUUUCUUAGUGAGUAUCCCAGUGAGACAGUGCUGAUGCGGGUGAAGGAGGAGUUCAGUGAGACGUACGACAUCUACGGUGCUGUGGUAGACUACAUCCAUCGUUACGCUCACUGGGACCUACUGUGGCACAGCCGGCUCGUGCCGACCAUGGGAGAGGCCCGAGGGAAACUCAUCGUCCUGCAAGACUUUCCUGGACCAGACCUGGGGAUGCGCUAUGGCUCCCUGGACAUAGCUGAUGACUGGAGGGUACCCACACUUCUGCAUGUGGAGGAGAAAUGGCAGAGCGUCUAUGAGCACCUGGAGGCUGCACCUGCUGGAAACAAGGCCCAGAUUUUCCUCACCUACAGCAGUGGAGCUGGUGUGUUCGCAUACCCCAGAGCCAUCGCUCAGCGCGUCAACACACAGCUGUAUGACUACCUGAGGGCCAAGACGGACCUGAACCAGCGCCUUGGAAUUGUAUGCAUGGACUUCCCUGCUGCUCCCAUUAUGCAACUAAUCAUUGACUUCCAACUGAGAGAGAAUGCAAAGAGAAAACAGGUCUUUAACACAGCACCUAGCAAGGCAAGUUUGAAAUAUACAAUUUCCAAACUGAGAAGGGAGAUGAUCAAACAUUUUACUGUAAAUGUCUGAGCCAAAAUCAAGCACGAGGGAACAGUAGACUAGUCAAUGACUGUACAUUCAAUAAGGCAUCACUAUGGACACCACAUACGACACUUGUAGCUCAGAUUUAAUAGGUAGGCCUAACUUUACUCCUUUACUGUAAUGAAUAUGAUUUAAAUUAUACCUCAGAUGAAACUUCUCAUUGUGUCAUUCAGCAGAGACACUGGAAACAAAAUAAAUGUGCCGUAUAAAAUAAUCAGAAAGAUCAGAAA